UUCUGAGAGGGACGGAUUUUGACAGAACACCGGGUGUCAAUCUGUCGGUGCGCCGCUAGCAGCCAGCAGGGUCCGGGCUUUGCACCGUCCUGAUUCCUUGUGUGGUGUGUGUCGGGAGUUCGGUCGGCUCUCCGCGGUGUGAUGGAACUGGACAGAAUGGAUGAAAAUGACUGGAAAUACCACGGAGAAGGAAACAAGAGCCUGGUGGUCUCCCAUGUUCAGCACUGCAGAGUUUUACGUCUCCUCAAGUAUCCAGCAGAAGACUCUGAGAACCCUCCUCAGACAGCGGAGCAGGCCUUCAGGCAGAUCCAGAACAUCGUGGACUUCACCUCCAAUGUCAUGAGCUGCCUGCUGGGGGAAAAGUUUGUCCACAGUGGGGAAGUGGUCAGACUGCCGCUGGAGUUCGUUCGACAGUUAUCCAUCAAGAUUCAGCAUCAGAGACCAGCCUGGCGCUGUGAUAAAGUCAUGGACAUCUACAGCGGCUGCGCUCUGUGUCUUCCCAACCUGACGUCUCCGACCCUUCACCAGCCCACGCCGACCCCGCCCCUUUGCAUCGAGAUCAAGCCUAAAUGUGGCUUCCUGCCGUCCCCCAAACACGUCAGCAAGGACAUCAAGACCAGAGUGUGUCGUUACUGCAUGCACCAGCACUACAAGGUUGCCAACGGGAAGUGGAAGAGACGCAGCCUUUACUGUCCAUUGGACCUGUUCUCAGGAAAUAAACAGAGAAUGCACUUUGCCAUCAGACACCUGAUAGAAGAACCUCAGAAUAACCUCAAAGUGUUUAAGGGUGGUCAGUGUAUCUACAGCAGUAAGGAGGGUAGUGACGAGUCGCCCGACACAAACUCUCUGCUGCAUCACCUCAGACCUUACUUCCUGCGUGCAUACAACCGCGUCAACGGUCACCUGACCACCAAAGCUGUCCUGAACGAUUUCAUACAGGUCCUGGGGAACGCCCUGCUGAGCGCCGCAGGGGGAGACGGAGGUCAGGUGACCGACAGGACCGGAGAGGGGCGGAGCUUCUGCGAGGCCAGUCUGUUUAACAGGGAGAGGACUCGCCACGGAUCUCAAGGUUUACCCACCAACAGCAUUUUGUCCAGAAUCCUUCAGACUCAGAUGUUGGACUCGUUGGACAUCGAAGGGCUUUAUCCUCUGUACUGCCGAGUGGAGCAACACCUGCAGGACUUCCCCAAGGACAGGACUGGCCUCCAGAUAGACGGACCGUACGACCAGAACUUCUUGGAGAAAGUGCAGAAAUGUUCGAUGGAGGACGACGGCUCUGUGGAGUACGCUGCUGCCAAGGUCCAUCAAUACCGGAUUGCCAUGACAGCCAAGGACUGCUCCAUUAUGGUUACGCUGGUUCCCAGUAGUGAAGAAGAGGACAAUGAUGAAGAACUCUCCUCCCAGAAGCGUCUCAGGGACUUCAGACCUCAGGCCUUCUCCUCCUCCGUCUCCGUCCUGGAUCUGGACCCCAAGCCGCUGGACAGCGUCCCCCGCCAGCUGCGUCUGGACCAGAAGAUCGUCUCGUGUUACCUGAGGACGGGCGGUGCCUUGCCCAACGGCUCCCUGCCGCCGCUGCCCAGCAUCCUGGCGGCGGAGAGGGAGGAGCGAGCGUUGCUUUCCAGGCUGUGUGAAGGGACCGGCUCCGAGGUCAAGAGGUCACCGCCCAGAGAGCAGUCGGAUCAGAACCCGGCGCCAGUUCUGUUUUACUUCACCACAAACUCGCAGCUUCACUCUGACCUCUCCUGAAGCUGUUGUCAUAGCAACGGGCUCUGAUGCUUUGAGGUCAUCAUCAUCAAACACUGUCAGCAGGCGUCUGCUGAAACGCUUUAAAAGGUCAAAUUAAAGGGUCGGUUGAACCCGACCAGAACCUCCUGGGAACCUCUCUGUAUGUGGGAUCCAACAGAGCUGGGACAGAACCUCUGACGUUUCCACUGAUAACAGGAAGUGAUUUACUGUCAGUCUUUUCCUGGGUCCAGUUGAGCCAGAACCUCCCAGUGUCUGAGCAGAGCGGGUUUGGUUCUGUUUGUGCCGGACCGGACCAGACCGCUCAUUGGGAUCAGAGCAGAUUUCUGUCUGGAUGUUAAACAAACAGCAGCAUUCAGAGGUUCUGAUCCGGCCCCGGUUCUUUCCUCUGAUCCGGUUCCU